ACAAUAGUUGAGUUAGUUAUUUAACACCUCCGCUACACGUCUUUCAUCUGUGUUGGUAGGUGUACAAUUUCCAACGUACAGAAGACAAUGCAGUCGAUAAAAAGAAGUACUCUAUUAACCGGAUUGCCAGUUUCAAAAAAUCCUCAUAUUAUUCUAACAUCACUUUACAAGCGUAUAAUCAAAGUGCUUGCUCUAAUGCCUGAAGAAUCCAGUUAUCGUAGGCACACAAACGAAAUAGUACAGUCCAGACUGAACGCUGUACAAAAAAUUUCGGAUAUUCCCACUCUUGAAUCUACCAUUGAUUGUGGUCAAAUUGAAGAAGUUAUCGUACAGGUAGGUAUCGUUUAAUGCUUCAUUACUUUCACGAUUAGUAUUUGUAACGUUUUGUAUCUCGACCGUAUACGCUUAUUGGUGUAGUGAUACUAUCGAAUAAUUCAAGUGGCUUCCAGUAACCUCUCAGUUACCCACUAUCUCCGAACAAAUUUAUUAAGAAAUUAACACAAGUUCCCAACUCUUAGUUGUGUUGAAAGUGCUGUAACUAAUCUAAAAUGAGGUAGACAAGCAUCGCAUAAUGUAUUAAAUCCUUAAAUGUUUGAGGAUGAUGGUUCAUUUUUGGCUGCUACAUUGACUGAGAUAUAAGCUGGAAUCGGACGUAAACCCAUCUGAUUAGAGUCCAUCUCUAACCGUUUCAGUUCGCAAGAAGGGAAAAUAAUUCUUGUGUGUCAGGCACAAAGGUAUCAGUUUGGCUGAAAUAGUGUUUGAAAUAUUGACCUCAAUAACCGUCUGACAUUUAACUGGGUUUCAUGAACAGCAAACCCAGGAAAACCUUAUUGAUUUCAAAUGUGGUUGAAAAUGUGUAGAUCAAAUAUUUACCCUUUGUUGGGGCCGAUAGAUCCACAAAACUAAUAUUUUGUAAUUUUAUCUUAUCGAUUAACUUAUCGAUCAAAUGUUUGAAUAUUUGAAUAGCAGUCAAUUGAUAAACCUAUUGAUUAAAUGCUUAAAAAUAUCGAUUAUAUAUAUUUGUAUGAAUACGCUUGAUUUGUGUGCUUGACCUGGCGUUUUCUGGUUGCCUGUAGAAUACAAUUUCUACGCCUUAACAAGACUUCUUGAUCGCGUUAGCUGAGUCGGGGACAACGGACCAGAAUAGCCUAUCGAAAUUCUGAAUUCCUUGAUCUGAUCGAUAAGUCACUGCCCUCUAAUCAGCGGCCUUUGAGAUAUAACACCCUUCGCCAGGCAAACCUACCAAUGCUGGACUAUAAUGGCCCAAAGAGAAUACGAUUUAGCUCGUAAUAUGCUCAAAUGGAAGCCUUGGGAACCGCUCAUUGAAGAAGCUCCUCGCGAUCAGUGGAAAUGGCCACUUUAAAUAACCUUAUUUAAUAUUUUAGUAUACAAAGUACAAUGUAUUGUAGAUAUACAUUUUAUUGUACUACA